AUGAAAUCUGGCGAAGCAGCUCCUGCUGUCGUGGUUAAGAGAGAGCCUGAAGAUGGUGACUUGGAGACCAAAACAAAUCUGAAGAAGCAGAAGAAAGACGUAGUUGACACAACGGAAGGAUUGUUUGAUCAUCUAAAGCGGAUGGAAUCAAAAUUUGAUUUGUUGGUGACAAAGUUGGAUCUAUUGAUCUCAGUGGAAGGUAAGGGAGUUCAUGCCAAGAAGUUUUUAAAGGCCAAGGCUGAGAUCAGUUCAUCCGAGGAUGAAUCAUCUUCUUCUGAUGAUGAGGAUUCUGUGGAGAAACCUGUUGCAAGUGCUAAGCCGGUUGCUAAAUUUUCUUCUUCCUCCGAAUCAGAAAAUGAUUCAGAAGAUGAGAAGGAAACUCUGGCUACUAGUUCAGAUUCAUCAGAUGAUGAGGAAAGUGACCAAGGUGAAAAACCUGAGCAGAAAAUGGAGGGCACUAGUGCUGAUUCUACCGAGAAAUCUGAUGAAAAGGAGCGUGAAGAUCGUUUCGGUUUUGCCCCUGGUCGUUUUAGGGGUGGUCCUUUAGGAUUCCGUGGUCGCGGUAGAGGUCGUUGGCCUUUUGGAGGUCCUUUUGUAGGUGGUCGUUGUGGUGGUCUUGGGCACUGUAGCGGCUGUUAAGGUUUUGUUGUGCGAGUAAUAAACCUCUUCUCUAGCUAUUUGUUUUUUUUAACUUAUGAUUCAAAUUCAAUGCACCCUUUUUAUUA